AUGGACGAAAUUUUACGACGUCUUUCUGCGGUGGCCGAGUAUCGAAGAAAGUUUUACCUUUGUCAAAUAAUCCAUUACAGAAUCCGAGCAGCCAAAAGGGUUUUGCGGGAUGCAAAGAAGGAAUAUGCGACAACUCAGUCCCUGAGGAGGGGUGGCCAACUCGUUACUCUUGUUGAAGGGCCUUAUAAUGAUCACAAUCAACGCUUUAUAGUAAAAUCAAGCAGUGGAGCAGAUAGACAUAUAGUUGGCAUUCAUAGUAAGGUGGAGAAGGAGAAGCUAGUUCCAGGCACAAGAGUUAGCCUGGAUAGGACUACCAUGACCAUUAUGAGAAUUCUUCCGCCCCAAGUUGACCCUUUUGUGUAUAACAUGCUUCAUGAAGACCCUAUAAAUGUUAAGUACGCUGCAGUUGGAGGGCUUUCAGAUCAGAUUCGACAACUCAGGGAAUCGAUUGAACUGCCUUUAACGAAUCCUGAGCUUUUUCUCAGGGUUGGAAUUGGAAUGAAACUCCCCAAGGGUGUUCUUCUUUAUGGACCUCCUGGAACUGGCAAGACAUUAUUAGCAAAAGCAAUUUCCUGCAACGUAGAUGCUAAAUUCUUGAAGGUUGUAUCUAGUACUAUAAUUCAUAAAUCUAUUGGUGAAAGUGCAAGAUUAAUUAGGGAAAUGUUUAAAUAUGCCCGCAAUCAUCAGCCUUGCAUCAUAUUCAUGGAUGAGAUUGAUGCCAUUGCUGGACGACGUUCCAGUAACCGCAAAGGUUCUGAUCGUGAAAUUCAAAGAACCCUCAAGGAGCUGCUUAACCAGCUGGAUGGAUUAAAUCAUCUUGAAAAGGUCAAAAUAAUUAUGGCUACAAAUAGGCUUGAUGUUCUUGACCCGGCUCUUCUUCGUCAUGGUCGAAUUGAUCGGAAAAUUGAAAUUACAUUACCAAAUAGGAAGUCAAGGAUGGAAAUCUUCAAAAUCCAUGCAGAAGGAGUUACAAAACGUGGUGAAAUUGACUAUGAAGCAGUUGUGAAGCUUGCUGAGGGGUUCAAUGGUGCUGAUCUUCGUAAUGUUUGUACUGAAGCUGGUCUGUUUGCUAUUCGUGCAGAACGUGAUUAUGUUAUUCAUGGAGAUUUCAUCAAGGGUGUGCGCAAACUGAAUGAAGCAAAGAAACUGGAAUCAAGCCCCUGACCGAUACUUAGUCAUUCUUUGCAAUCUUGUACAGUUUUCAUUAACUU